GCAGAUCUUUGAACCCCAACUGAGUCAUUGCCAACUUGGUUCAAGAUGCCACCAGCCAUUGGAGGCCCUGUGGGAUACACUCCCCCUGAAGGAGGAUGGGGAUGGGCCGUGGUCAUCGGAGCCUUCAUCUCCAUUGGGUUUUCCUAUGCCUUCCCCAAAUCCAUCACUGUGUUCUUCAAAGAGAUUGAGGUCAUCUUCAAUGCGUCCAGCAGCAAAGUCUCAUGGAUCUCUUCCAUCAUGCUGGCUGUUAUGUACGCAGGAGGUCCCAUCAGCAGCAUCCUGGUGAACAAAUCCGGCAGCCGACCCAUCAUGAUCGCUGGUGGCUGCCUCUCGGGCUGCGGGCUGAUUGCAGCCUCCUUCUGCAACACAGUGGAGGAGCUGUACUUCUGUGUUGGGGUCGUGGGGGGCCUUGGACUUGCAUUUAACUUGAACCCAGCCUUAACUAUGAUCGGCAAGUACUUUUUCAAGAGGCGUCCCCUGGCUAACGGGCUGGCGAUGGCGGGCAGCCCAGUGUUCCUCUCCACCCUGGCACCCGUGAACCAGCUCUUCUUCGGCAUAUUUGGCUGGCGUGGCAGCUUCCUGAUCCUCGGCGGUCUCUUGCUGAACUGCUGUGUUGCUGGAUCCCUGAUGCGGCCCAUAGGCCCCAAGCCAGAGCAGCAGAAGAAAGAAGCUAAUAAGGAGGUGCUGCAGGAGGCUGGGAAGGUGGUGAAAAAGGACGAUGGUGAGACCAGCACAGACCUCAUCGGUGGCAAGACCAAGAAAGAGAAGAGCACGUUUUUCCAGACAAUCAACAAGUUCUUAGACCUGUCCCUGUUCACACACAGGGGCUUCCUGCUCUAUCUGUCGGGCAAUGUGAUCAUGUUCUUCGGGCUGUUCACUCCCUUGGUCUUCCUCAGCAAUUACGCAAAGAGCAAGAAGAUUGCUAAUGAGUCUGCAGCCUUCCUGCUCUCCAUCCUGGCCUUUGUAGACAUGGUGGCCAGACCUUCCAUGGGACUGGUGGCCAACACCAAGUGGAUCAGACCCAGAAUCCAGUAUUUCUUCGCCAUCUCUGUCAUUUACAAUGGCGUGUGCCACCUCUUGGUCCCCAUGUCCACCACCUAUGCUGGCUUCUGUAUUUAUGCUGGCUUCUUUGGCUUUGCCUUCGGCUGGCUGAGCUCGGUCCUGUUUGAGACCCUGAUGGACCUGGUGGGAGCGCAGCGGUUCUCCAGCGCUGUUGGCCUGGUGACCAUCGUGGAGUGCUGCCCUGUGCUGCUGGGACCCCCUGUGCUAGGGAAGCUCAAUGACAUGUACGGUGACUACAAGUACACGUACUGGGCCUGUGGAAUCAUCCUCAUCAUCUCUGGGAUCUACCUCUUCAUCGGGAUGGGCAUCAACUACCGCCUGGUGGCAAAGGAGCAGAAGGCGGAGGAGAAGGCGAAGAAGGAAGGGAAGGAGGAGGAGACCAAUGUCGAUGAGGCUGAGAAGCAGAAAGAGGCGAACAACGACGUGGCCCCACGCCUGAGCGCGGAGGAUGGUGCCAAAGAGGAGGAGAGCCACAUGUGAGGGACUGGUCUUGAUCCCGGAGUGUCGGGAAAGUGCUGCUGCCCUGGCGCGGUGGUUGGGGCAGUGCUCCGCCGGCGCUGGGCAGCUGUGAGAAGUGUUUAAACCAGGUGUUCAUUUUUAACCAGGCUCUGAAUUGUCUUUCCAUCUGUGUUCAACAAAGGUAACAGGGCUAUACGCGCAGUAUCCUCGUGUGUUGGGGG